CUGUAACCGAUUCAGAUGUACAAGGGGAAAGUUGGCGUAGAACUCAACAUGUCAAAUAAAUGCCUAGUGAUAUUUAUAAUGUGACUUAAUAAAGGCCUUAAUAAAGGGGUUUUCCAGUUCUCACGGUUAGGAUUUUUUCUGGUAAUAGUCCCAUACUUUCCUACGUUGAUGUGUUCCCCUGCCUCAGGAGAGCCCCUGCUUCUCGGCACAGGGAGCCCUGGACAGUGUCCCGCCCGAGUUGUGGUGGUGAAUUCUGUGCUCCCUUUUCCUUUGUUCCCCUGCCUGCCUCUUGCCCUGAGAUCUUAUCUUGUCCUCUGGGGAGGUAUGUUAAGUGCUCUGCCAGCCUGCCUGUGUGCCUGGCCUGUCUUUUCUCACUGGCAGGACCUCUGGUGUUCCAAUUCCAAACAUGGUAUCCAUCUGGGGUCACCCUUUCUUCCGGUGCCAAGAGAGACACAUUCCAAAUGGAACACAAGUGCGCCUCCUGUGCUGGCCGCUCCUCACUCUGUUUGGGGAAAACAGAGAGCGGGCCGGCUGAGGCCCCUUGAUCAUCGCUCCCUGCGGAAGUGUUCAGGCCAGUAGUCCUGCCCUUUGCUCAGGACAAUUUAGGUUUCCUGCUAAGAGCCAAAUGUGAAGACCGGCCUGAGGAAUCUGGAGCCAAGGAAGCUGGCCAGAACUCUGCCCCAGGGCCAGCGCCUGGCUGAGGGAGAGGAUAAAAAGGUUCAAACUUCCCCGUGAAGGGUGCUAUGUCCUGCCAUUCAUUCCCAACGCUGCCAGAAGCAUUGCUCCUAGGACAAGUGGCGUUGGUGGUGAGAAGCCAGGAGUGAGAAGACACACAGGAGGACAGACUGCCCCAUUUUUGGAAUUUCCUAUGCGGGAGCAUCCUAGAGCCCUACCAGACUUGGGGACGCCCCAGAGAUGAGCGCCGACAGCAGCACGCUGGGCCAGCGCCUCUGGCAGGGGCCGGUGUGCGCGGGCUGGAAGCAGGAUGUGGAAGGGGCCCUCUACCACCUGGCCAACUGCGUCUUGCUCCUGGGCUUCAUGGGGGGCAGCGGGGUGUACGGAUGCUUCUAUCUCUUCGGCUUCCUGGGCACCGGCUACGUGUGCUGCGUGCUGUGGGGCUGGUUCAAUGCCUGCGGCCUGGACAUUGUCAUCUGGAACUUCCUGCUGGCAACGGCCUGCCUGCUCCAGCUGGCACACCUGGUCUACCGCCUGCGCAAGGACACCCUCCCCGAGGAGUUCGACCUCCUCUACAGGACGCUGUGCGUGCCCCUGCAGGUGCCCAUGCAGGCGUACAAGGAGAUCGUUCGCUGCUGCGAGGAGCAGGUCUUGACUCUGGCCACCGAGCAGACCUACGCCGUGGAGGGCGAGACGCCCAUCGACCGCCUGUCCCUGCUGCUCUCUGGCCGGGUUCGUGUGAGCCAGGACGGGCAGUUUCUGCACUACAUCUUUCCUUACCAGUUCAUGGACUCUCCUGAAUGGGAAUCACUGCCGCCCUCCGAGGAGGGCGUGUUCCAGGUGACUCUGACUGCAGAGACCCCAUGCAGCUACAUUUCCUGGCCCCGGAAAAGCCUUCACCUUCUUCUGGCCAAAGAGCGAUACAUCUCCCGCCUCUUCUCAGUCCUGCUGGGCUACGACAUCUCCGAAAAGAUCUACGCCCUCAACGAGAAGCUCUUCGCUAAGUUUGGGCUGUGCUUCGACAUCCGUCUCCCCAGCCUCUAUCACGUCCUGGGUUCUGCUGCUUCCGAUGCAGGGCCGGAGUCUGAGAAGGAGGAUGAGGAAGUCCAUGAGCCAGCCGCAGCCCCUCCUCAGGCCGCGCCCACACCUGACCAGCACAUGCCCUCUUGCUCUCGCCCGCCAGCCGCCACCCACCCUCCAGCACGGCCUUCCCGGGCCAGGGUGUCCCGGCCCGACAGCGAUGGCCUGGGUGAGGACUCCACCAGCUUGGUGCUGGAGGAUUUUGAGGAGGUGUCAGGAUCAGAGUCGUUCAUGGACUAUAGGAGUGAUGGGGAGUACAUGAGGUGAGGGGAGAGCUAACCUGGGCACAGCCGCCAGCUCAGGAUCCCGUCUUCUAGAAUUCCUCUCCAUAGCUACUCUCAAGUUAUGUCCACGGGACAAGCCCCCUUGGCUCCGGUCAGCACUCCUGAACUUUAAGGAUCCUCAGGCCAUGCUUUUCUCUGGCCACGUUC